AUGCAAAAAGAGGCAGUCGGUGGUAAUUGUCUCGAGAUGUCGACCGCGGCGAUGACGGUGAGACGUAAAUGGACACUCAAGUCGGCGACGGUUUACCACUGCAGGGGAGGCCACACAAAUCCUGUUUGUCAAAGGACAAACGACAAGGUGAAGGGUUUUCCGAACGGUAACGAAGCUCUUCCUUGUUCAGCCGGCUCCUCUACACCGGUCGCCGGUACCACAGGAGGAAUCAUGAAGGCCAACGGGUCACGAGCACGUUACGGAGAAGCAUACAGGACAUUUCGAGGAGAAAUAGCGUCACAAGCCCAAACGACACCAGCCCGACGAUAUCGAAGCAUGGUGGAGUUUGCUCCGCCGCUUUUUGAGUACAUUUCAACGUCAACCCAGAGGAAAUCUACGACGCUGGAGACCGCAAUCUGCGUCCAAGAGAGCACUACCUGGUGUCAGGCUCGGAGAGAUGUCGGAGAAUGCUGGUGGCGCGCAGGGAGGUAG